AUGCCGCCAGCGCCGGUGCCGUACGGCCAGCGGCAGCACCAGCAGCUGCAGCAGCAGCAGCAACCGCCUCGGCCGGGCCUGAGCGCUCGACCGCGUGCGACAGCCAGUUCGUCCUACGAGCAGCGACCGUCGUACGAGCAGCGGCCAUCGUACGAGCAGCGGCCAUCGUACGAGCAGCGGCCGUCGUACGAUCACCGACCGCCGUACGAUCACCGUGCGUCGUUCGAUCAACGGCAGUCGUACGAACGAAGGCCGUUAUCCGCAUCUCCCGGUAUCGCCGCGGUUCGUUCGUACAGCACGGACGUCCCUCCCGAUUUUUACAAUCCGCGACCGCUUUCGGCAGCAGCGGGCGUGCCACGUGGCCGCAGUGUGAGCGACGACGAUGGGUAUACCGGAGACGACUCGACGUCAGGUCGACCAAUGGUUGACCGACCCGUGGAAGGCCGACAAACCGGUCCGUCAUCCGGUUAUCCCGCAAACCCUUAUCAGGCCCCUCAUCAGGCCCCUUAUCAGGCUUCUUAUCAGGUCCCUUAUCAGGUCCCUUAUCAGCCGCCGCAGCCGCCGUACCAUCACUCGCAGCUUAGUCCUCACGGCGGCGACAUUGCGUUGAAAAAGCCUCUUAGUCCGAGACAGGUCAGGAGCCCUAGAGCGCUUAGCCCGCUCGCUGCUGCCGCGUUCGGCAUGCGCGGGGGUUACGGCGCGCCGGGGAGGGGGAAUGAGGAGUGCGUGUACGGGGAAGACGAGGAGGGGGAGGAGGAGGAAGGCCGCGAGCGCAGCUUGCGCGCGGGGAUAUUGAGGGGCGCGGCGGCGCUGAGGGAGCGGCAAGCGGGGUCGUCGGACGACGGCGCGAGUACCUCCCCCACGUCUAUUGGCUCCCCCGGGGUUCUGCCGGGCGGGGGCGCGGGAUGGAGCGGAGGGGCCGGCGGAGGAUUAGGCGGCGCAGGCGGAGGAUCUGACCCGUCAAAUCGUCCUAGCACUGCGAGCAGCACCAGCAGCACCAUGAGCGGCGGCGGCGGCGGGUUUGGCGGAGGGUUUGGCGGAGCGGGGAGUAGCAGCAGCAGCAGCAGCACGGGGGUGACGGUGAUACGCGGAGUCAUGGCCGGCGGAUCCGUGGGUAGAAGCGGGGGAACAACCCUAGCGGGAAAGCAGGUGGUGAUUCGAAUUCGACCAAGAGGCGGCUCCAUAGACGCGUCGCACGGAGUGGGUUCCACCAGCAGCAGCAGCGGCGCUGGCGGCGGCGACGGCGGCGGCGGCAGCGCGGCGGACGUAGGCAGUGGCGCGGCGGCAGCGGGUUUCACGGCGACGGUGACGGCUGUGCUUCCGGCGGGCGCGGGGUCCCCCCGUUCCCCGUCCAGCGCGCGCAAACGGGAGGCGGGGGGGGCGGGCGCGCCUGGCGCGGGCGGAGGGAGGCUAGAGGGGGUAGGUAGGCACACAUUCGCAGCAGGCAGCACAGGCGGCGAUGGUGCUACGGAAGGCGGGUAUUCCCGAGAGGCCAACCUCACUCUCCCUGGCAAGCGAACCGACGCCUCGGCCGAACCUAGGUUCAAAGGUGUGACGCGGUUAGGCUCGGUGGCGGCUGCCGAAGCAGCAGCCGCGGCAAUUGCGGUGGCAGACGCGGCGGCUGUAGCGCAGGCGGGGAAAGCGGGGUGGGAGCCGCCUCUCAGCCCCCCAGGGGUGCCCGCCAUCCCCGCGGAGGGCCGUCUGAGCAGCGAGGGAGACGUUUUUCUUGAGUAUCUGCGCAAGGCGGGCGAGGGGAGGGCAGCUGCGCAGUAUGACGUGGCAGUGUGCUACGGAGGGGGCUUUGGCGUGAAGCAGGAUAAGUCCCUCGCCGCGUACUGGUUCCGAAAGGCGGCAGAGCAGGGAUUGGCGCGCGCACAGUACGCUCUAGCAGAGUGCUACGAGGCAGGCGCGGGCGUUGAGAGAGACGAAGAGGAGUCCUUCCGGUGGUUCUUCCGGGCGGCGAGCUUCGGCAGCGGCAAGUACUUAGUCAAGCUGGGGCUGUGCUUUGAGCGGGGAUUCGGCGUGACAGAGUGUCCUGUAGCGGCGCUGUACUGGUACCACAAGGCGGCGGAGCAGGGGCCGAAAUUCGCAGCGCAGGUGGAGAAGCGCAUGGAGGUGCUGCAGCGGCAGCGGGAGGAGGAGAUCAUGAGCGCGCGGGGGGAGGGCGUGCCGGUGGAGUGCAUCUGCCCGCUGACAGGCAGGAUGAUGGAGGACCCGGUGGAGCUGCCUGAGACGGCCGUGUGCUGUGAGCGCGCCCAGGUCAAGACGUUCUGGGACCACUGCGAACUCAGAUGCCCUGUUACCAACCAGGUGGGUGGGUUACAAACCAGGUGGGUGGGUUACAAACCAGGUGGGUGGGUUACCAACCAGGUGGGUGGGUUACCAACCAGGCUUCCUCCUCUCAUGUUUAAACCCUUCACCCUUGUCUUUGCACUCUUCCCACCUUCCCUCCACCCACCCACCCACUUACUCUCCCUGCGCCAGCCUCUCAAGGUGAAGGACAUGAAGACAAAUCUUGCCAUCCGGCGCCGGGUCACUGAGUGGAAGCGCAAGCGGCAGGCGGAGCAGGAGGCGCUACAGGGGCCAGUGGGGCCUCGGGCGUCCACCUGCCAGGCAGUCGAGGGCGAUGAGUGGGGGACGGAAGGGGAAGACGAGGGGGAGCACGGCCGGGCUUAUGGGCCGCACGAGGAGGAGGAGGACGAGGAGGACGAGGAAGGGGAGGAGGGUGUGGGUGGGACGGCGGUGGACAAGUCAAGAGAGGGGGACAGCGAGGAGGGCGAGGAUGGAGAGGAGGGAGAGGUGGCCGUGGGGCGGGCGUUGGCUCGUGAUUCGUCCCGCGACCUGUCUCACAGCUACAGCCGAGGCUCCUCCUCCCGGGCGUACAGUGAGAGCGUGCCAUCUGAGCCGUCCAUGCGCCGAGAUGCGUCCCUGGACGAGCCUAGGAGAGUCAAGGUGUCCAUGCCCCGGGGUGGAGCGCUCUUAUCACAGAGUGCUCUUAUUACUGGUGCUCUUAUCACUGGUGCUCUUAUCACUGGUGCUCUUAUCACUGCAUCUCAAUGUCCACACUUCUCUGCCUGUCCCUCUAUCUCUCCUCCCCCGAUCCCACCCUCUGGAGGCGAGUCCCACCAGCACCGAUCACAGCACAGUCACACCAGCAUUCUUCAUGGCACGACCGCCUGCCUGCUGCCGCAUCGCUUCCGUCCACCCUAUGCACGUGAUCCGCGCGCUGCCGUGCGCUGUGUUCAGAUUCUCACCGGCACAUCCCUCUGCGUGCCCUGCCCCUCCACCUCUCUCCCUUCUCCCCCCUCCUCUCCCCACACCCCACCCGUGCAGGUGAGUCCGCGCACGGUGAGUCGGCGGAGCCAACCAGUGAUUGAUUGUGGGCCGCGGUGGGCGCUGGCACGCUACCGCGAGGUGCUGGAGAAGCUGCUGCCCGUCGCGGAGCCAGUGAUUGACUGCGGAGCAAGUGAUCGACUGUGGGCCACGGUGGGCGCUGGCACGGCGGAGCCAGUGAUCGACUGUGGGCCGCGGUGGGCGCUGGCACGGUACCUGGAGGUGCUGGAGAAGCUGCUGCUCGUGCAGCGGGAAGCUGGACAGAACCUUCUGGGGUCGUGUGCAGGGGGGCCGGGCGGCUCGGGCAGGGGAGCGGGGGAGGGCGAGGGGGAGGUGUGGGAGGCGGUGGAGGCACUGGAGGGGCUGUGUGCACGGGGGGUGCAGCAGCUGCUGGAUGACUUCAGGGCCGCGCUGCUGGCCUGCAGCCAGCCCUUGGACACAGCAGAGCUGCAUGAGGCGGCAGCAGCAGCAGCAGCAGAAAUGGCCCUUUCUGGCCCGCUCCCUACCGCCACUGCUAAGCCCAAGGGGCACGCGCACAAGGGGGGUGGGGGGUCUGCAAGGGAAGGCGGGGAGGAUGGGGGAAGGCACUCCGCCCCCUUCCCCUCGCCUGCCCAUGCUGACAGGCAUGGCGCUUCUGGUGCCGGUGUCAGUGGUGUUGCUAGUGGUGGUGCUGCGGGUGCUGGUGAUGGGACGGGGUCGUUGGUUGGUGAUUCUGUUUCUGCGACUGGGAGUGGGACAGGGAACAGUAUUCACAGGAGUGGUAGUGGGGGCGGCGGGGGGAGUGGGAGGGGGAAGGGGAGGGAGAGGGAGGGGAGGGUGAUGAGGAGGCCCACCAAGUGGGUGGGGGCGGACAAGGCAGCGGUGGGGCUGCGGCAGGUGGUGCAGGUGCUGGCUAGAGCAGGCCACUUCGACCGCUGCUUUGACAUUUACAGGUCAGUGAGGGAGGACUGUGUGCGGGAGACAAUAAAGGCAUUAGAGCUGCGCACGAUAAUGGAGGAGGAAUUCUCCCUCGCCACUUCCAUCUUCGGCAUACUGCACUCCACCGCACAGAACCGCACUACCAGCCGCCGGGAACCCUCCCAACUCCUGCAAACCCCUUCCUCCACCUCCUCCACCACAGCCACCAACACAGCCUUUUCCAACCCUCGCCUCCCCAGCCACCGAUCCUCCAGCAUCCGAACCACAGCCAGCAAGUCCGGGAGGUCCGGGAGCACCCGGACCUUGAGGCUCGGCGACGAGGCUGCGGCAGACUCAGGGAGGGCGAUCUCCCUCAAGAUAUUGCGGCAGGCAGGGAUGCCGCGCACGCUGUCAACGCUGAUGCACAAUGCCAACACGCUCACGGCUGCCCAGGCCACACCAGAAAGGCUUUUCCUGCUUCUCGACAUGGCUGCUACUGUAGAAGAACUCAUGCCUCAGGUGGAGCGGCUGGUGUGCUGGUCCGAUAGUGAAGGGCUGCUGGCGGAGUGGCGGGGGCUGACACGCGGCGUGGCGAAGGCGGUGCUGGGCACGUUUGAUGCUCUCACUGCCACACUGCAGGUGCCCGUGGAGCAGCCCCGGCGGAACAAGUGGUACGUGCGAUGGAAACUAGUGGUUGAGAGGAGGGGAGGAAGAGGGAGGGGAAAGUAUGAAGACAGCAGUGCUGCGCACCUUUGGUGGCAACUGCAGCAUGACAGCAGUACUGCCAUGCUGCAGUUGCCUGUGGAGCAGCCGCGCAGAAACAAGUGGCGGUUGUUCCGAGGAGAGGGCAGCAGCAGCGCCAAGGAGGGCGGGGGAGGGAGCGGGUACCCACCGGGAUGGGGUGUGGAGAAGAGUGGAAGCGUGCAUGCCGUCACCAGCUAUGUCAUCAACUACAUUGCCACCUACCUGGGCAGCUAUGAGGUCAAUCACGUCGCCACGUACCUGGGCAGCUACAUCGCCAUGAUGCCACCUACUGGGCAUGUGCAUGUGUUUAGUAUGGGGAGUGCGACGUCAUCGCGGGCGUACGGGUACGGCACGAUGCUGGAGACUCUCCAGUGGAAGGGCUGCUGCAAGCAGUCGCACGGCAGAGUGCUGUCAUAUCAAGCAUGCCCCCCCUUCGCGUGCCUGCAUCCCAUGCCCUUCACAGGAGUGCCACGUCAUCGCGGGGCGUAUGGGUACGGCACGAUGCUGGAGAAGCUGCUGGAGUAUGCAUGGGCAGGGGAGGAGUAUGGAGGAGGAAACGAUGAAGUACGGAACAUGGAGGCCAGGGCUGGCACGUGCAACAACCCUCUUCUAAAUUCCCUCUUCCUCGUCAACAAUAUCCUCUACAUCAACCGGUUGAGUGAAAAGAUUCACCUGCCCCUGGAGAAUCAGAAGCUGCUUGAGGCCCAAUCAAAGGCCUUCAGAGAGGCCGGGCUGCAGAAGCCACCCACCGUGCCUCUCCACCUCUCAGCCACCCACCAUACCUCUGCACCUCACCUGACCCACUUCCCAUGGCAUGUCUGCUUGCCUCUGCUGCUGCUGCUACAGGUGACGGCAUCGUUGGGCGGGCGCGGGAGGAGUGCUGCCAUGGAGCCAAGUGAAGUCAACAGGCGCCUGCACCGCUUUAACAUAGCCUUUGAGGACCUGGCGUUGGAGCAGAAGGACUGGGUGAUCUGCGACGGCGCGUGGCGCAAGACCACGGUGCACGAGUGGGCGGCACACCUCAAGCACCUCUACGAGGAGUUCCUGGAACCCCACAGGUGUGCUGGUGAUACGUGUAACGGCAGGGCACAGGUGCAGACCAGUUUUGAGCUGCACUGGUGGGGUGCUGCAUUGCUGCAGUGCGGCAGCUGGACAGAUGAGGGUUUCAAGUGGGGAAGGGUCGAGGCUGCAGUAGAGGAGUAG